GCUAUGGAGGUUUUGAUGACUAUGGUGGCUAUAAUAAUUAUGGCUAUGGAAAUGAUGGCUUUGAUGACAGAAUGAGAGAUGGAAGAGGUAUGGGAGGUCAUGGCUAUGGUGGAGCUGGUGAUGCGAGUUCAGGUUUUCAUGGUGGUCAUUUUGUACUUAUGAGAGGGUUGCCUUUUUGUGCAACUGAAAAUGAUAUUGCUAAUUUCUUCUCACCACUAAAUCCAAUUCGCGUUCAUAUUGAUAUUGGAGCUGAUGGCAGAGCAACAGGAGAAGCAGAUGUAGAGUUUGUGACACAUGAAGAUGCAGUAGCUGCCAUGUCUAAAGAUAAAAAUAACAUGCAACAUCGGUACAUUGAACUCUUCUUGAAUUCUACCCCUGGAGGUGGCUCUGGAAUGGGAGGUUCUGGAAUGGGAGGCUACGGCAGAGAUGGAAUGGAUAAUCAGGGAGGAUAUGGAUCUGUUGGAAGAAUGGGAAUGGGGAACAAUUAUAGUGGAGGAUAUGGUACUCCUGAUGGCUUGGAUGGUUAUGGCCGUGGUGGUGGAGGCAGUGGAGGUUACUAUGGGCAAGGUGGCAUGAGUGGAGGUGGAUGGCAUGGGAUGUACUGAAAACAUAAUCGCCAACAUACAAGUCCUAACAACAGCAUCUGGUCUACUAGACUUUCUUACAGAUCUAAUUUCUUUUGUAUUUUAAGAACUUUAUAAUGACUGAAGGAAUGUGUUUUCAAAAUAUUAUUUGGUAAAGCCACAGAUUGUGAUGGGAAAAUCUGUUUUCUGUAGGUUUUAUUUGUUGCAUACUUUGACUUAAAAAAUAAAUUUUUAUAUUCAAACCAC